UACAGCAGCAGCAGAAAGAGAGCUCGUGCCCAGGACUGCGACUAGGAAGCCUGGGUUUGGUUUAGCCACCAACAGGCCUAAGCUACACAAAAUGCGUGAAAUUGUGCAUCUUCAGAUCGGGCAGUGUGGGAACCAAAUUGGAGCUAAGUUCUGGGAGGUGAUAAGUGAUGAACAUGGCAUUGACAUCGCUGGGAACUACCGAGGGGAUGCAUCACUGCAGCUUGAGCGAAUUAACGUGUACUUCAAUGAGGCUUACUCUCAUAAAUACGUGCCCCGCUCUAUCUUGGUGGACCUGGAACCCGGUACGAUGGACAGCGUACGGUCUAGCAAAAUAGGCCCACUCUUUCGACCUGACAAUUUUAUUCAUGGAAAUUCAGGUGCUGGAAACAACUGGGCUAAGGGCCAUUACACAGAAGGCGCUGAGCUGAUUGAGAAUGUCAUGGAUGUGGUCAGGAAUGAGUGUGAGAGCUGUGACUGCCUUCAGGGAUUCCAGCUCAUCCAUUCGCUCGGUGGUGGUACCGGCUCAGGUAUGGGCACGCUCCUCAUCAACAAAAUCCGAGAAGAAUAUCCCGACAGGAUUAUGAACACCUUCAGUGUUGUGCCUUCGCCCAAGGUAUCCGACACAGUUGUAGAGCCGUAUAAUGCCAUCCUCUCCAUCCAUCAGCUAAUAGAGAAUACAGAUGAAACUUUUUGCAUCGACAAUGAAGCUCUAUACGAUAUAUGUUUUAGAACUUUAAAGCUUACCAAUCCCACUUAUGGUGACCUCAACCACCUAGUGUCCCUAACGAUGAGCGGUGUCACAACCUCACUCCGUUUUCCUGGUCAACUGAACGCAGAUCUGCGGAAGUUGGCUGUUAACAUGGUGCCCUUUCCUCGCCUGCACUUCUUUAUGCCAGGCUUUGCUCCACUGACUGCCCGAGGCAGCCAACAGUACAGAGCCCUCUCGGUGCCAGAGCUUACUCAGCAAAUGUUUGAUGCUCGCAACAUGAUGGCAGCCUGCGACCCUCGUCGUGGACGUUACUUGACCGUGGCGUGCAUCUUCAGAGGCCGAAUGUCUACCAGAGAAGUGGAUGAGCAGUUGCUGUCUGUCCAGACCAAGAAUAGCUCCUACUUUGUGGAGUGGAUCCCUAAUAAUGUCAAAGUGGCCGUGUGUGACAUACCACCACGAGGACUGAAGAUGGCAGCUACCUUUAUUGGCAAUAACACAGCCAUUCAGGAGCUCUUCAUCAGGGUUUCUGAGCAGUUCUCAGCGAUGUUCAGAAGAAAAGCAUUUCUCCAUUGGUAUACUGGUGAAGGUAUGGAUGAGAUGGAGUUUUCUGAAGCAGAAGGUAACACCAACGACCUUGUGUCCGAGUACCAGCAGUACCAGGAUGCCACUGCAGAUGUUGAGGAAUAUGAAGAGGUAGAAGCGGAAGCCAGCCCAGAAAAGGAAGCAUCGUAAAAACAAUGGUAAUAUCAAAACAAUCUCCAAAUAAGCCCGUUGGCACUCA